GCUGCUUCGACGUAUUUUAUUACUCAGAUUACGAUUCGUAGUAGCUAAUAAAAACGUGAAUAUAAAUAUAUGAUUCCGUCCUUACACGUACCUACCUACACGCUUUAACAUACCUACCUUCUAUCCAAUUUCACGUUUACCAACGCGCCAAACCCCGCAGAGUAGAAAAUCUGGAGCGAGUCCUCUCACCUUGCGACCUCUUCUUAAACGACGCAGAAUAUUCAGGAUGAAAAAGAAAUCGCUGGUCCGCCGACUUCCCCGUCUAACUUAUCGUCUGAAUAUGAAGGACCACAUCCUAGACGAUAACCUACCCUCCCCCGAAUCCUGGCCGAAGAUCGAGCGCCUCCACCUACCACCUAGAACGAAUCUGGGUCUCCUCGAUGCUCUCCCUCUUGAGCUGCUGCAUGAGAUUCUACCCCAACUUGACUUGCGCACUCUCGCGGACGUUCGACGGGUCAACAGACGCGCCAUAGAGUUAGUCAACUCCCUGCCCCAAUACAAAGCUAUCAGCACACAUGCACGGAAUGCGCUGCGCGGCAUUCUAAGCAUCGAAACCGGCAGGUGGAUUACCUGUAGAACUCUGUACGAGAAAUUGUGUACGCCGGGAUGCGAACAAUGUGGCGACUUGGGCGGUUAUCUCUAUCUCCUCACCUGCAAACGGGUUUGCUUCCUCUGUAUUUCGGAGGACAGGCUGUAUCUGCCACUGUCACGGAGACGUGCGAGCUGGAAGUUUGGACUGGAUAGCCGGAUCCUCAACACAUUGCCUCGCAUGAGAGUCAUACAUGGCACCUACUCGGGGCGCAGGAAGAAGUUUUGUGGUCCCUCUGUCCUGGUCGACUACGAAUCCGCUCUUCAUGCCGGCAUCUCGCUUCACGGUUCGUUAAGCGCCAUGCAACAAUACGUGGCGGGCAUAGAGGCCCAGAAGCUUCAGGCAUACCAAGUGAGGGUGGCAGGAGUACCGCAAACCGGGUCCGUCACACGCCGCGUGCGACGGCCUCCAACAUCAGACCCCAUUGAUAGCGAGUCAGAAAACCCAUUUCGAUUUGUGGCGGUAGCCAAAGUACCUUGGCUGAACAAAUCGUCGCGAGAGAUUGAAUGGGGCUUUCACUGCCGUGGGUGUGAGGAAUCCACUGGGCGGCCUUUUCAUUACAGACGGAAAUUCACGGCUGCCUCGUUCGAUGACCAUGUAAAACAAUUGGGAAAUAUUCGAGGCGGAAGGCAUGUUGAAUACUGAACUCGGAAAAGAAUCGGGGGCUAUCCCUCCAGUGUACGAGGCAAUAUGAAGCUGGUCGACGUCCUUGAAAUGAUUGUUAAACAGUACUAGACUGGGAGGGUGGAGUUUAUCGACACUGAUAUGUCUGCAAUCGUUUCUAUAGCUGAUAUAAUAUCCGUAUGAACAUGAGAGUAAAUUAAACAUCAACCUAA